AUGUUCAUCUCAUUUGUGAUGGAACAACGGGCUGCUAUAGCCCUGUCAGAAUGGGUCCUUGCUAACACCACUCACUUUACUGCAAAGACAGUCGUAGAACUUGGCUCAGGCACUGGAUUAGUCGGAUUAGUUAUAUCUUUACUGUGCAAACCACAGGCUGUGUAUUUAAGUGAUUGUCAUCCGUCGGUCUUAGCAACACUGUGUGAUAACUUGAAGCUCAAUGUUGGAUGCGAAAAUGGAAAAAAUUGUGAUUUGUUGCAACGAUUUAUUGUUAAAGAAUGCGUGAAUUCGUGUGAAGUGCACGUCCUGAAUUUGCCUUGGGAAGACGUGUGUCGUGAAUUUUGCCAGACGCUAGGUCAAGUGGACAUAGUUGUGGCAGCAGAUGUGGUGUACGAUAAAACUAUUUUUGAACCUUUGAUAAGUGCAGUUGAGUGUUUGUUUAAAUAUUGUUCUGUAAAACAGUUUAUUUUGUCAUGUACAGAGAGAAACGAAGACACUUUGGAGAAAUUUUUGUCUUUGAUAGGUAGCAAGUUCAAGAUUUGUGAUAUUGUGGUUCCACCACAACGGAAUUUUAUAUGGACUGAGCAGCCGCCUGUUAAGAUUUUUAAUAUUACUAAGGAUACUUAA